AUGGCUGAUGCAGUCCCUGCCGCGCCUGCGAAUACCCAGGAGCGCCAGAUGCUUGCAGAGCUUGACGAGAUGCCCACCUUCCCCGACGGCGAGCGCUCGGGCAAAGGCCAGGGAACGGGCCGCUUCACCCAGCGCAAGCGCCAGGCCCUCGCUUCGUCUUGUGUCGGUGCUCCUGUGUCAGAGUCGGUCGCCAAGACCAUCACCUCCAAUCACAACACGUUGCUCAAGAUGCUGUCGUCCAUGCAGGGCGAGGUGGCAAAACAAUCCAGUGCCAUCGAGAGCCAGGUUCAAUCGGCAAUCGCCCCCAGGCUCGACUCGCUCAACAGACGCCUCCAAGCCCAGCUCGACGAGCAGAAGCGCAGCAUCGACGCGCUGGAGGGCAGAGCUGACGAGCAUGACAAGUCCAUCCAGGAUCUUCAAGACCAGCUGGCGGAGCUACGUCGCCAGAUGGCCAUCGCUGAACAGACUCCCAGGAAGCAGCUGGCUGCUCCCACCUCCUUCGACCGCGAGGAGGACACCACGAUCGUUGUUGCCGUCUCACAGCGACCGACUACCUUGGCGUCAGUGGUCUCAUCGCUACGCCCGUGGCUCGGCGAGAUUGGCUUUGAUGAUGAACAGUAUGAAAUCAAGCAGAAAGGCGAGUCCCCGGCCAGGAGGUUCGAGAUCUGCUUCUCGGGCUCGGCCACCAUCGCCUCGCGCCGUGCCAGCAAGGCCACCUCGCUCCUCAAGGGACCCGAUGGCUGGAAAGAGUUCUGGGUCGACCCUCCAGGCGCCGAGCGCUGCCGUUUGCACCUGGGCCCCGACAAGUCACCCAAGCGUAUCAAGACCGAGGUCACCCUGCGCAAGGCCAGGGCGAUCAUCGAGCUGCAGUACCCAGGCAAGCGAUUCUACUCCGACCGCGAGCAUGGCGUCCUCACCAUUGGGUGGGACAAGAUCAUGCACGUCAAUGUCUUCCAUGGCGACACCCCGCCCAAGAUCUACUGGGACUCUGCGCAGCUUGCCAAGCACGCCAUGGCUAUCGACACGCUUCGCAAUGCUGUCAAGGAGGUGCACCAGGACCACUUCCAGCUCGACUCGUUCUUCCGAUCGAUUGCGUCGGGCCUCACGAUCCACUCCAGCUUCAUCUCUGACGCAGAUGACGGGCAUCGGCGGGGUGGGGUUGCUGUGGUGCUUCCGCCGUUGGCUUGUCAGGGCCUCUCCGCUCCGUCGUCAUCAUCCACUGUCCUGGUUCCUGGCCGAGUGAUGCUAGUCCGUGUUUGGGAUGACUGCCGCACGCUCGACAUAUUCAACAUUCAUAAUCAUGGUCUGUCCGCCCAGCAAGUUCGUGAAGUGGCUGCUGCGAUACGAGUAUCGCAACGUGCUGCCGCCCUCGACCCCGACAUCUACACCACCUUUGUCCUCGGGGACUUCAAUUUUGCCACGCACGAGGCUCUCGCGCUCGCUGCCCCCGCGGCGGCCGUGCGCAUGCUGUCGAAGUGCCACCGCGUGCAGGCGCCCAAGUGGCGCCAGGCCCUCGCCCUCCUGACCGAGAUUGCGUGCGAGGACCCCACGCACUACGAGAAGUUCAACGACUCGUGCGCGACGAUCGACCGCGUCUUCUGCUCGAUCACGGGCUGGCAGCUCUGCCAGCUGUUUGUCCAGAUUGGCACGCUUGGCUCGCCGGCGGCUGUCUUUGACAAAAAGAUCUCUGACCAUGCUGCCGUUGUUCUCUCGCUUGCCUGCCGCCCGCCUCGCCCAGUGGAGUCCCGCCCCAUUCCCAAACACCUGUUCUCGGAGCCUGGUUUCAAGCGGCGCCUGGAGGGGCUGUGCUCCUGCAUCCCGUGGGACUCCGUGUCGCCCCCGUUCAAGGUUGAAAAGUACAAGGAGCUUUUGAAGAUUUCGGCCGCGGAGACCAGGGACGCCCUCUUUCGGGACAGGCCACAUCACCCGCACACCUGCCUCCUGCUCGCUCGUGCUCUCGCCCGUGUGGUUUGGAGGCAAGACCUGCGUAUGGCUUCCAGGCUCCAGGACUCCCACCCCCUGGCCAUUGACAUGAUAUCGAUUACCGACGGGAAGGUCGAGAUCCGCCACCCGCCGUCCUUCCAGGCUUGGGUCGACCAGGUCCAGACUGAGGCUGCUGAGUCAGCGAAGGCUGAACUUGAAGAUCGCAGACGGCGUGAAGGUGACCGCGUCCAGAUUCGUGCCCAAGUCCGCGCACUUGAACGGCGCGCUCGUCUCUGGUCCCCUCUCAACCGAAGGAUAUCGCUCUCAGCGGUUAUUGCGCCUGAUGGCUCUGCGGUCAGCGUUCCAUCUGAUCGACUGCGGGUACUCUCGGAGCACUGGGCCCCUGUCUUCCAGAAAAAGCCGUGGGACGCCGCUGCUGCUGCUCCCUACCUACGCCGCCUUGCCCCUGACCUUCCUGCCGACCUACACCUCCCCUCGCCGUCGAAAAAUAUGCUACGGCGUGCGAUUCGAUCAGCCCAACACUCUGCCCCUGGGCCUGAUGCUCUCCCGUAUGCUGCGUGGGCGGCGCCCUCGUGGGGGGCUGACAUAUUAUGGGACGCUCUUGGCUGGGUUCUCAGGGGCCAGGAGCUGUUUGCGAAUACUAGUGACACGAUCCAGAUUUUUCUGCCCAAAAACGUCACGGACUUGGAGCUCCGCGAUGCCAGCUGCUCCCGCUCCCCAGACAAGGUUCGGGUCUUGGGCCUCAGGAACUGUGACCUGAAGCUCAUCUCAUCCACUGUCAAUCGAGCGAUCCGACCCGCCCUGGUAUCUCUCGCCCCGCCGUGCCAGCGUGGAUUCAUUCCGGGUAGGAAUUUCGGCAACAACAUCCUCGAGCUCGACGUGUCGAGCCGUCAGAUGUCGGUCGUGCCUCGCGGGUCUACCGAUAUCCCUGUGCUGUAUUCCUUGGACUUCGGCCAGGCCUUCCCGUCCCUGAAUCAGGACUUCCUCAUUCUCUCCCUUAGGGCCCUCAAGCUGCCUGAGGCAUUCGUGUCCUUCGUCACGUUCCUAUAUGCAUCGGUGGAAGGGGUUGUCUCGCACCUAGGCUCGCUAGUGCACAUCUUCUGGGUCCAGAGCGGCAUCAUCCAAGGUUGUGCCUUAUCGGGCACUCUCUAUGCGUUGAGUACGGCUGUCUUCUUGGUCGACCUGGCCUCUCGGGUGGAGGCCGCUGGCCUUGGCCUGGUUCGGGCCUGUGCUGACGACAUUGGGGGCACGUUAUUGGCCAUGCGGCACCUAGUUCAUGUAUAUCGGGUUAUGAAGAUGGCCUCGGACAUGGCCAACCUCGCCUUGAAGGUCUCAAAAUGCAAGAUUGUCCCGCUGUCUGACAGGUUCUCGCCCAACCUCUCAGCCACAGUCUCCUACUGGGUCUCCCAUCUGGUCCCCGAGUGGAGCUCGUUCGAGGUGGCUCCCAAGCUGCUCUACCUGGGCCUCUGGCUGGGGCCUGCUGUUGUUCCGUCCACUUCUUGGAUUGAUCCCGUCGCCAAAUUGCGUCUCAGGGCCCAAGCCAUCGGGCGGGGAACCACUCCCGCCAGCCUUUCCGCUACACUGUACAAUACUCGGGCAGUCACGACCAUAUCUUACGUUGCCCAAUUCUGCUGGCCGCCAUCGUCAGUGUUGCAGCCUGAGUUGGCGACGCUCGCGCAGGUGUUCCGCAUCCCGCUCGGCACCUUCGCCCUCGACUUCUGGGCGCAGAUCGCUCAGUGGGGCGGCCCGCGCUGCACGCGGUGGGGGCACCUGGCCGUCGCCACCAUCACGCGGGCUGCGCUGCACACGUUCCCUGGCUGGGAGAGGCUCCUCCAGCAGCUGCGGAACCACGCGAGCUCCGCCCCGUGCGAUGCCACCCUGUCCAUGCUGGCGACCGGCAAGCCGUGCCCGUCCUUCUGGUUGGCCCCCGCCUUUGUGGAGAACAUGGAGCUGGCUGCCGCUGGCACCCCUCCUCCUGGCCCGCUGGCCGUCUUUGGGGCUCGUGCUGCCGACGCUGCGCUGGCUGAACUUCGUGAGAGCGGCCGUCCUCGACCUCGACCUCAGAGAGCGGCUCACGAAGCGCUGCGGGCCUUUGCGAUGAUGAACAAGCCUAUCACGGACCUCUUCGUGCUGCGCCUGAGGAAGUUCGCUGGCAGGUCGGCCGGCCUCCUAUCGAACAUCGACUGGGGCGUGUGCAAGAGCGUCCUCGCCCGCUGCCCGUGCUCGUGGGCCAUGGCUGUCCUGCGCACCUGGUCUGAUGGCUGGAUGACUUCGGCCCGUAUCAUCUCACCUGACGGGCAGAAGCAUUGCGUAUUUGGUUGUCUCGGCAAGCUCGACUCGUUGCGACACUACGCGAGAUGCCCUGUCAUGCACCGUGCCCUUCGACAGGCUCUCGCGAGACCGUUCCCGCUCCCGUGGAUGACCAGAUGGGGCCUAUCUGAGCCCUCGCUGGCCACCUUCUCGGCGAUGGCGGCCGCUUACAACAUGUACAACGAAGCGAGGCUGGCGCCCGUGUGGCCCCUGUCCCCGCCCCUCCUCCGCAGCUGUGCUCUCGCUGGAGUACGUUCGAUGCAGCUCGCGUCACCGCUGAAGUGCUCGGAGAUCGACCGCGAGCAGCUCGGCCGACGGGACUACCUCAUCCGCAGCUCUUCGUCAUCUUCAUCCUCGGGGUCGUCUCCACGGCUCACCCCUGCCGUUUCGUCGUCGGACAGCGACACGGCCACCGUCUCCACGGCCAUCGCCACGAUCCCCUACGUGCUCUCCCUCGGCUUCGGCGACCCCCCCCCCACCUUCCUCCGCGCCCCCGUCGAUGACGCGCUCCCCAUCAACUCUGAGAGCGGCCCCAUCUCCAUCAAUGGCGUUGAGAACUUCACGGAUGGCGUCCGCCUGCUCAUCAUUGUCGCCGCCGGCCCCAAUUUCGCCCUGUGCCUGUGUGUCGCCGUCCCCGCCAGUGACGCUCUCGUCUACGGGCUCGCUUGCCUCGUCGCCUCCCAUCGGCGUUAG